CCCAGUACCAUAGGUACUUGGGGUAAGAAAUUACCUGUGCCCAGUACUAGACAAUACAUUACGUAAUAAGAAUAUAUACCAAGACGUCGCUAUCCAUAAUGGAAUCACAGAUCAGAACCACUUUCGGAGGAACUAAUUUGAAAUAAAAAUGGAACAACAUGAGUUCUCAGUGCUGGAAUUUACUAUUGUCAGUAGUAGCUGUAAUAUUGAUCAGCAAUGUCAGAACCUACCCAUCAUAUCACAGUUUGUCCCAGUUAGCAUCUGAGGAAUGUGAUUUGUUUGGAAGUUAUGUAUCCAGCAUAGGUACAUUGGUGAGACAGUACUGUUACAAGUGUGAAGAGGAUAUUCUCAGAGAUGCAUACAACCCAAAGGAUUGUAUAAAUCCAAAUUGCAAUGAUGAAAAAUUUGAAGUCAUAGAACAUGGUGUUAUGGCAUACUAUAUGUGCCGGGAAAACUGCCGUGGCCUUCCUUUGGCCUGUGAUGCACCGACGGCCAUUGACAAUGUAGACUGGACUUGUAGUGAGGACAUUGAACAACCGUUGACCCCUAGGAAGUUUCUAGCCUGCCAAACCUGUCAUUCAGUUUGUUCCCAUGGUUACCAGGAAAAGCGAAAAGUGACAAUUUCAUGUAAGAAGAUAAACUCAACACACAUAGGGUGGAACAGCACUGAAAUCAAACCUAAGUGUAUCAACAUAAUUAAGAUAUGUGGUACUCCAAACAUCUCUGGCGUGACUCUGGAAGACUGCGAGAUCUAUAGCGACCUUGACUCCCUGACCGACCAGUAUUCAUUCCACCAGGAGUGUACAGCCAGGUGUGGUUCAGGUCUGUAUCAGGUUCAGAAUGUCAGCACUUCCUGUGGAGAAAAUGGCAGCUGGAGUCAUUUGGAUAGACUGGAGAAAAUGUGCAUUGAUCCUUCUCAAGAAGCAACAAACACCAGAAAAAGACGAUAUGUCCUCUACUUACUUAUCGGGGGUAUAGCUGUUGUAGUAGUAAUAGUGCUGGUUUUGUUAGAGCUAUUAUGGCGGCACCUGAAACAAAAACACCUGUGUCAAGUUGUCUGUGCUGUGCUGUCCAGAUAUUUAGGAAUUAUCACAUGUGGAUCAAAUUCAAGUGGACUGCAUUCACCAGUACCAAUGGAACUACCUUCAAGUGGACAACAUCCACCAGUACCAGUGGAAUUACCUCCAGGUGGACAACAUCCACCAGUACCAGUGGAAUUACCUCCAGGUGGACAACAUCCACCAGUACCAGUGGAAUUACCUCCAGGUGGACAACAUCCACCAGCACCAAUGGAAGUACUUCCAGGUGGACAACAUCCACCAGUACCAGUGGAAGUACUUCCAGGUGGACAACAUCCACCAGUACCAGUUGAAUUACCUCCAGGUGGACAACAUCCACCAGCACCAAUGGAAGUACUUCCAGGUGGACAACAUCCACCAGCACCAAUGGAAGUACUUCCAGGUGGACAACAUCCACCAGUACCAGUGGAAGUACUUCCAGGUGGACAACAUCCACCAGUACCAGUGGAAUUACCUCCAGGUGGACAACAUCCACCAGUACCAGUGGAAUUACCUCCAGGUGGACAACAUCCACCAGCACCAAUGGAACUACCUCCAGGUGGACAAUAUCCACAAGCAUCAGUGAUGUUAAGUGAAGAGUUUGAUGACACACUGGAUCAGGACCUAUUACAAUCUGAAGAAUUAAGAAGCCUGGAAGAAGCUGCUGAUAGAUUAAAUGGUUCAGAAUAUUCAGACCAAGGAAGCUUGGACAGUAUGAGACGUCUAGGUGAUGGGCUAUCCCAACCUUUACUCCCAGAGGACAACAUAUCUCAGGAAUGAAAUCCUGAAGAAAACUUGAUGUCUUAAUGUUUGGUCGACAAAUGAUUUGUCAAUUAAGGAUAAAAUCAUUCAAAAUCUUGGUCAUAAACAGAAGUUUUGAUCUAUUAAGCAAACCCCUACCUUAUUUUCAUAAGGAGGGUUUGGUUAUAUAUUAAUCUUAAUGAUCUCCUAAUACUAUUUCGAUCUCCUAACCAAAGAUUGCUCAAGAGAAAUGAAAAAAGGAACCUCUUUUUAUACAAGAGGCCCAUGGGCCUUAACGGUCACCUGAGUUUUGAUAUAGGUAUGUAAGCACAUUUUGCCCCCUGUGACCUUGAACAAAGGGCAAGGUCUUCCAUUUGAACAUGCUACAACCUGAUAUUGGGUCUCUGCGCCUUUUUGGUUAUCAAGAAGUCAUUGAAAGAUUUUAGCAUAUUUGACCCCUGUGACCUUGAAUGAAGGUCAAGGUCAUCCAUUUGAGCAAACUUGGCAACACAUUAUCCCAGCAUCCUAUAGACCUAAUACACUGUUUUGGGUCUUUGGCCCUUUUGGUUAUAAAGAAGAAGUCGUUCAAAGAGUUUAGCAUAUUUGACCCCUGUGACCUUGUAUGAAGGUAAAUGUCAUCCAUUUGAACAAACUUGGUAGCCCUUCAUCCCAGCAUGCCCUACACAUAAUAUUGGGCCUCUGGGCCUUUUGAUUAGCAAGAAGAAGUCGUUCAAAGAUUUUAGUAUAUUUGACCCCUAUGACCUUGAAUGAAGGUCAAGGUCAUCCAUUUGAACAAACUUGGUAGCCCUUCAUCCCAGCAUGCUACAGAUAUAAUAUUGGGUCUCUGGGCCUGUUGGUAAUUGAGAAGGAGUUGAAAAUGUAAAUUGUUUACGACGCACGACUCACACCGCACACCACACACGGCGACGCCGGACGAAGGCGAUCACAAUAGGUCAACUGAGACUUCAUCUCAGGUGACCUAAAAAUCUCUGUUUUCUUCCAACCCUGAUUUCACAUGAAAACCUGCCAUGUAAAUGGAUAUGUCUAGUGUAGAGAUGGGAGAUAAUUUACAUUGACAGUGAGACAACACACUAAGAGGAAUAAGACUUAACUUUCUAACCAAAUAACUAACUAAUAAAAAUGCCUUAACUAAAGAGUUUCCAUAGGAAACAUUAUUGGAUGAAUGUG